AUGCUACAAUCUAACACAGAAAAUGAUACUGUAGCUCCAGUGUUCCCCAUAGAGCAAGAUAUAAACGCUGCACCUGAUGCCGUUCCAUUGGUGCAGACAACAACGUUACAAGUUUUCGUGAAGCUUGCUGAACCGACAGUGUUUUUGAAAGGCUUUGAAACCAACGGAUUGUCUGAAAUAGCCCCCAGUAUCUUAAGAGGAUCCCUUAUCGUCAGAGUAUUGAAACCAAAGAAAUUGAAAAGUAUAUCGAUAACGUUCAAAGGAAUCUCUAGAACAGAAUGGCCAGAAGGCAUACCACCAAAAAGAGAAGAGUUUUCAGACGUUGAAACUGUUGUUAAUCACACUUGGCCAUUUUAUCAAGCAGAUGACCAUAUGAAUUCAUUCACUUUGGAGGAUCACAGCUCAAAUAAGUCGUCUAAUCGCCCAUCUGUAAGUGAUGAAGACUAUAUACUCGAGAAAAGUGGUGCUUCAAUAUAUAUUCCACCAGCCACUAGACCCGUCAAAGAUAACAGCAAUUUGAGUCUGGAUGCGUACGAACGCAAUUCACUCUCGUCAGAUAACCUAAGUAACAAGCCAGUGUCAAGUGAAAUUUCUAACGAUAGUAGUAUACCUCCGGUUGUUCAGAAAACGCCAGAGGGCUCAUAUAGUCGAAGAGGAUCGGUACCCGCAAAUUUUCACGGUAAUACGUUGUCACCACACACCUUCAUAUCAGAUUUGUUUACAAGAACAUUCAGUAAUAAUGGUGCUACUCAAAGUCCAGAUCAAGAAGAUAAUUAUAUCACGCCGUCCAAAGACGCGAAAGAGGUUUUUACCUUUCGGCCAGGUGACUAUAUUUACACUUUUGAGCAACCAAUAUCACAGACUUAUCCUGAGAGUAUAAAUGCCAAUUUUGGUUCCGUGGAGUAUAGACUCUCAUUAGAUAUGGAACGGUUCGGUGCAUUCAAAUCAGCCAUACACGCUCAAUUACCCAUUCAAGUCGUACGGCUUCCCUCUGAUGGUUCGGUGGAGGAAACUGAAGCUAUUGCAAUCUCGAAGGAUUGGAAGGAUCUUCUACAUUAUGACGUAGUCAUUUUUUCAAAGGAAAUUGUUUUGAAUGCAUUUUUACCCAUCGAUUUCCAUUUCGCUCCAUUGGAUAAAGUUACCUUACAUCGAAUAAGAAUAUAUCUAACCGAGUCCAUGGAAUACAUUUGUAAUAGUAACACUAAUCAUGAAAAGGCUCGUCGAUUGGAGCCAACCAAAAAAUUUCUGUUAGCUGAACACAAUGGUCCAAAACUGUCGCACAUUUCUGCUGGUUCGAAUCCGUUGAAGGCCAAAAACAGGGGAAACCUCCUAUUAGAUGAAAAAUCCGGCGAUCUAGUGAACAAAGAUUUCCAAUUCGAGGUAUUUAUACCAAGUAAGUUCACAAAUAGUAUACGAUUACACCCCGAUACCAACUAUGAUAAAAUUAAGGCUCAUCAUUGGAUAAAAAUUUGCCUUCGUCUUUCCAAAAAAUUCGGAGACAAUAGAAAACAUUUUGAAAUUACUAUUGAUUCCCCGAUCCACAUAUUAAAUCAACUGUGCUCCCAUGCGAACACUUUACUACCAAGUUAUGAAAGCCAUUUUCAAUACCGCGAUACAAAUGGCAAUCUUGCGCCAGCGGCAGACCAACCGAAUUACGCAACUCAUCACGACUCGAAUUUUUUCUUUCCAAAGGAAGUUCUAUCAUCACCUGUUCUCUCACCAAAUGUGCAGAAAACCAACAUCAAAAUACCGUCUGAUCUUCCGGUCGUCCGUAACAGAACUGAAAGUGUGGAGGACAAUAAGUCAGAUGAUGUUUCCAAGAAAAAGACCCAAAGCUGUAACGUCUUCGCAUCCAAACAAUUGGUCGCAAACAUUUAUAAACCUAACCAAAUCCCAAGAGAAUUAACAUCCCCUCAGGCAUUACCAUUGUCCCCCAUCGCCUCACCGAUACUGUACCAUCAGCCGUUAUCAAACUCACCUCCUCCAGAUUUUGAUUUUGAUAUAGCCAAACAUGGCAUGUCCGAUGAAAACGCUAUUCCUGUCGAUCCUCCAAGCUAUCUCGAUGUUCUACAGGCUGAUGGUAUUGGUUUACCGUGUUAUGAUACCGGUUCAUCUAAAAUUCCAGAACUUAAGUUGAAUAAGUCUAGGGAAACGUUGGCUAGCAUCGAGGAGGAUUCCUUCAACGGUUGGUCACAGAUCGAUGAUUUAUCCGAUGAAGAUGAUAAUGAUGGCGAUAUAGCAUCCGGUUUUAACUUCAGACUAUCAAACAGCGCUUCCAGUGAAAAUAUUAAUUCGCACACUCCUAUUUUACAGUCUUUAAACAUGAGCCUCGAUGGAAGAAAGAAAAAUCGCGCCAGUCUACAUGCGGCGCCAGUAUUACCUAGUACAGUAAGACAGAGUAAUCAACAUUUUAAUGAUAUAAGCCAAAUGCUAGGCAGUGACGAUGGUGAUACUUCGAAAGGACAAUCAUUGACCCCCAAUAAAAAACUGCCAAUACUUAAAAUCAAUGAUAAUAUCAUACGGCCAAAGAGUGAUAGUAGAUUUGAUGAUCUCGGAGACGGAAGGGAUUCUUCAGUAGAUAUCACAGCAUUCUAUGAUCCAAGAAUGUCAUCGGAUUCCAAAUUUGAUUGGGAAGUAGCCAAGAAUCGUAUAGAUCCAACAGGUUAUUCUGUAAAUGUUGCCAGUGACAAUCGUGUAAUGGACGACUUUAAGAAAGCAUUUCGCGAAAAGAGAAAGUGA